UUGGAUGUGGCAUUUCCUUCCAAAUGACAUAAAACAGAUGCCAUCAUCAAUCACCUCCUCAAAGCUGUAAAAGCAAAAGAAAGGCGACUCCUUUACCUCCUCGCCAUCUCCCCUCCUCUCUUUUGCUUCGUUCCCACCUUCAAACACCCUUCUCUUCAGCAUCUUCCCACUUGGGCAAGGGAAUCCAACAGCCCUUUCUCCUCUGCAAUUCCCAAAGAUCUGCAAUCUUGGUCCAUCGUUGAUCCUUUGUUCUUCACUUCCUGUGACUCCUUUCGUUUGAAAGCUUCUUCCUUUUCUCCUCUCUACUCCUGAAAGCUGGAAGCUUUGCUCCGGUCUUCUCUUUUCCUGCUCAUCCCUCCCAAAAUUUGAUUUUUCUUCCCACUUCUUUGGUAGUCUUUUUCGCGUGAGAAUCUGAGUCUUCUCCUUUGAGGAUUGGAUUUCUUUCUGCCCCUUGUUUCUGUACUUGGAUUCGUGGUUGUUGUUGCAAAGCGAAGAUGUUCUACCGACUGCUGAUGCUUCAGUUUCUGAUCGGUUUUACUGGAUCCUGACACUUGGAGCUCCAUACCAGAGUCUGAUCUUCUCCAAGAUUUGAUCUUUUUCCUUGGACUUGGAUUUAGACUCCAUGGGAGGUUGCCAUGGAAAGCCACUACAAAUCCCGGAAUCCCAGGAAGAGGGCGAGCCAGUCCCCAACACCGAGGAGCCUACAACCGUUCCAGGCACCCCGCGGCAACCCAAGUUCCCCUUCUGCAGCCCAAGCCCACUUCCGGGCUAUUACAAGAACUCGCCGGCCAAUUCAAGCGUGACAUCGACACCACUGCGAUUCCUCAAGCGGCCGUUCCCUCCUCCGUCGCCCGCAAAGCACAUUAAGGCCCUACUCGCUCGUAGACAUGGCUCGGUGAAGCCCAACGAGGCACCGAUCCCCGAGGGGAGCGAGGUCGAAGUCGGCUUGGAUAAGAACUUCGGUUUCUCGAAGCAGUUGUUCUCAAAAUUUGAGCUUGGCGAGGAGAUUGGGCGCGGGCAUUUUGGUUAUACGUGCACCGCAAAGGUGAAGAAGGGUGAUAUGAAGGGGGAGGAGGUGGCUGUGAAGGUUAUUCCAAAGGCAAAGAUGACAACUGCUAUUGCCAUUGAAGAUGUGCGGAGAGAAGUGAGAAUAUUGAGUUGUCUCACAGGACAUAAGAAUCUAGUGCAGUUCUAUGAUUCCUUCGAGGAUGAAGAUAAUGUGUAUAUCGUGAUGGAGUUAUGCAAAGGUGGUGAAUUACUAGAAAGGAUUCUCUCGAGGGGAGGGAAGUAUUCAGAAGAAGACGCAAAAGCUGUCAUUGUGCAGAUUUUGAGUGCUGUAUCAUUCUGUCACCUUCAAGGAGUUGUUCACCGAGACCUCAAACCAGAGAACUUUCUUUUUACUUCAGAGGGUGAAAAGUCUACUUUGAAGGCCAUUGAUUUUGGUUUGUCAGACUUCGUCAAGCCAGAUGAGAGACUGAAUGAUAUUGUUGGAAGUGCAUAUUAUGUUGCUCCUGAAGUUCUUCAUAGAUCUUAUGGAACUGAGGCAGACAUGUGGAGUAUUGGUGUCAUUGCAUAUAUAUUACUCUGUGGAAGCCGCCCUUUUUGGGCGCGCACGGAGUCAGGUAUAUUUCGAGCUGUUCUGAAGGCAGAACCAACUUUUGAUGAGGCUCCAUGGCCUUCUUUGUCUUCUCAAGCUAAAGAUUUUGUCAAGAAAUUGCUGAAUAAGGACUAUCGUAAGAGAAUGACUGCUGCCCAGGCCCUUUGUCAUCCUUGGCUGCGGAAUCCUGAAGUUAAGAUUCCUCUUGAUAUUAUUGUCUACAAGCUUGUAAAAGCUUAUAUAUGUUCUUCUUCUCUGAGGAAAUCAGCAUUGAGGGCUCUCGCCAAGACGUUGACAGUAGAUCAGCUCUAUUGCCUUCGAGAACAAUUUGCUUUGUUAGGGCCAAACAAGAGUGGCUACAUCUCCCUUCAAAACUUAAAGACGGCCUUGUCGAGAAAUUCGACAGAAGCAAUGAAGGACUCAAAAGUUCUUGAUUAUGUCAACACGGUGAGUUCUCUUCAAUACAGAAAACUAGAUUUCGAAGAAUUUGUUGCCGCAGCCAUAAGCGUGCUUCAGAUGGAAGCACUGGAUACCUGGGAACAGCAUGCUCGUCAUGGAUAUGAAUUCUUUGAGAAGGAUGGGAACAGGCCAAUCAUGAUCGAGGAACUUGCAUCGGAACUCGGCCUUAGUCCGUCGGUUCCCGUUCAUGUUGUCCUCCAGGACUGGAUAAAGCAUUCUGAUGGGAAACUGAGCCUCCUGGGAUUCGUUAAACUUCUUCAUGGGGUUUCUUCACGCGCAAUUCCAAAAUCUUAGCGGAACAUUCUUCAUCAGGCACGGAGAAUAAGGCAGCAGUGGCUGAUUGCUUAAUGAGUCGACUGAAGUAGACCGAAGACAAUCUAUGCAUGCCCCUAAUGAGGUUGAUCGAGGAGACCAGCCAAACCAAGAUCAUCAUAGCAUAGCCAUGGUGACACACAUGAAAACUUCCUCUGUGUAAGAUGCUUCGCGUUUAGCCAUAUUGAUGAUUAGUGUUAUAAUGGUUGUCCAGAAGAAUGUACGGAUAAGAACAGCAUGUGUAGACGAAGGUUGAAGGAAAUGGAGGCCUGCUGACCGGCUUGUAAUACUUUCUUUUUACUGUCAACAAGGUCUUUGCACGGUUACAUGCAUCGCAUCGAGAAAGAUAGAUUGCGAUCGGUAAUACUGUCGUAGAAAGAAUAUCUCAGGCAUGAGAAUGCAGAAUUCCUGCAGAAUAAGUAGGGAGUUUAUACUGUAAGAUUAGAGGUACAAACUUUGGUUUGUUGAAUCACCUAAAACACAUUGGUUGCUGAGUUCAUCUCUAAAUUUCAAAUUAUGAUUGAUAAUGCCA